AUGUAUCGACCGAACUUCUACGAGAGCACGUGUCUGAGAUGCGCUCAGACCGUCUACCAGGUCGACAGGGUGGGUCCCUUGAAGGACUUCACGUUUUUUCACGCUGGCUGCUUCAAGUGCGCAAUCUGCGGCACCAAGCUCACCCUGAAAACCUACUACAACAAUCAGCACACGAUCAAUGACAAAGAGGUGUACUGCAGCAGUCACGUGCCCAAACCCGGACCCGGGACUCUCGAUGGAUCUAGCGUGGGCAUCAGAAGCGCCCUUAAUGUACCUAGAAGCGGCUAUGUUAACGAGCAGAUCAGGGCAGGAGGCGCGCACCUGAACGGGCACGGCUCGCCGCCGGCUAACUCGUCCCAACGCGAUGGCAUCCACGGCGGUACCGGCGGUGCCUCCUCACCGUACAAUCACAAUUAUUCGGGAGACGGCAGCUAUCAGUACGGCAGGUUCGACGCGAGCGCUCUGCACAUCGCCCAUGCGCUCAAGCAGACCGAGUUACAGAAGGGCUACAGCAAGGCCCGCGAGAAACCCAUCGAUUAUUAUCUGGAUCGCGAUGAACAGACGCGUCUUGAAAUGAAACACCGGAAAGAAGAAGAUGAUUUAUAUCGGAAGUUUGCGCAUCAUCGUGAAGAAGAGGACCGACGAAUUCGCGAGGAAUUCCGAGAUGAAUGGGAGAAGGAACUGGAGCAACUGUCGGCGAGAUGGGAACGGGAAAAAGGCGGAAGAGUUCGAACCCAACAAUUUCAACAAGAGAAGGAAGACCUGGAGAAGAACAUGACUCUACGUAGAGACAAGAAGAAGGAAAGUCUCACGCGCAAGAUGCUGGAGCACGAACGGGCGGCAACCGCCGCGCUGGUGGAGAAACAGAGCUCGGAGAUGCUGGAGCUGAUCAAUGAGGCGAGAAGCGAAUACAUGCUACAGGAGAGUUUAUACCUUGACGAAGGAGACGGUUAUACUGAGGAGGCGCCGCCUCUGCCUUAUCCAUCGCGCGCGCCACCCCCGCAGCCACCAGCCCUCGCCAAGUACCAUAUCUACAAUGAUCCCCUAGAGUUCGCCGACAUGGAUCAGAUAGCUAUUUCGGUAGCCCAAGAAGAUCAAAAAACGUUCACCGACUUAGUACGGCAGUUGGUGAGCAGAUGCGGAUCGGAUAUAGAAAAGGCGAGGACAAUAUUCCGAUGGAUCACCGUGAAGAAUUUGAACACUAUGCAGUUCGAUGAAAACUUACGGGGUGACACUCCCAUGGGUCUGCUGAGGGGCAUCAAACACGGCACGGAAAGUUACCACGUUCUAUUCAAACGAUUGUGCAGUUAUGCGGGUUUGCACUGCGUGGUCAUCAAGGGUUACAGCAAAUCGGCAGGCUACCAACCGGGCGUUUGCUUCGAGGACAACCGAUUCCGGAACAGCUGGAACGCCGUGUAUGUGGCAGGUGCAUGGCGAUUCGUUCAGUGUAAUUGGGGGGCACGACACCUCGUCAAUGCCAAAGAGGUUCCCCGUCCCGGUCAAGCGAAAGCUAAGAACGACAGCCUCAGGUAUGAGUACGACGACCAUUACUUCCUGACGGAUCCUCGAGAAUUCAUAUAUGAAUUCUUCCCUUUGCAAGAGGAGUGGCAGUUGCUUAAACAGCCGAUUUCACUGAAGGAUUUUGAGGAAUUGCCUUUCGUACGGUCUUUAUUCUUCAGGUACGGCCUUUACUUUCCGGAUACGAAUACAAAUGCCGUUAUGUAUACGGAUUCCACUGGUGCUGCGACCGUGAGGAUAGCGAUGCCAGCACACAUGCAAUCAUCCCUUAUCUUUCAUUACAAUCUUAAGUUUUACGAUAACGAUGGCGAUGGUUACGACGGUGUGUCGCUCAAGCGGUUUGUCAUGCAGUCGGUUGUGGGAAAUAUAGUCGCGUUUCGAGUUCACGCACCGUGCUCCGGAUCCUUUCUCUUGGACAUAUUCGCCAACGCGGUAACGCCGAAGGAAUACUUGACCGGUGAACCGAUGAAGUUCAAAAGCGUCUGCAAAUUCAAAAUCGCAUGUGAAGAAUUGCAGACGGUAAUGGUACCGUUGCCAGAUUGCGCUAGUGGCGAAUGGGGUCCCACCAAAGCUACUAGAUUAUUCGGUCUUAUACCCAUCACUCAUCAGGUACCUCUGGUGUUCGCCGGCCGCGAGCUGGAGAUUCAAUUUCGCAUGUCGAGGCCGUUGACGGACUUCAUGGCGACCCUGCACAAGAACGGCAUUGAGGAGAAGCGCCUGUCCAAGUACGUGACGCAUUCUAUCGCCGACGACGACGUAGUCACCUUCUCCAUAAGUUUCCCCGAGGAGGGUCAGUACGGUUUGGACGUCUACACCAGAGAAUCCACAGUCUCACCCACCGCUCAGCACGACAUCACUGGCGAAAAGCAUCUGCUCACGCAUUGUUGCAAGUAUCUCAUCAAUUCCAGCAAGAGGAAUUGAGAAUAAAGUCGGGUGUUCUUAUUGAAGUUUCAUUUUCAUCCGAGGAAUUUCUGUACUCCAGUUAUAGAUUACUAGCGAGGAUUGAAAUUCCCGUGCUUAUUAAGACGAGCGAACGGUAAACGUGCUUCUUUCGUGACACUAUCGGAAAAUUAAAAUUAGAAAAACGGAUUGUGAAAUAUUUUACAGGCAUGAUGAACGUACUGUCGUUAUAUUUAUCACGAUAUAAAACGAUGACAACUGUUUUAUAAUCCGAAAGUCUCGCUUGUCACUCUGAGCUAAUUCUAUCUUUCAAAAACAGGAAACGUACAUAUAUAACGUUCUCCGGAAAUGGAUCAACCAUUAAUGAUAAAUUAAUGACACUUUGUCGUGAACAUAGAAAGAGAAAAGAGUAACGAAGCCGGUCGAGUGACGACGGUGACGAAGAGACAAUGGUGAAAGCAGUGACGUUUUACGUCAUUCUUCAAAGACUAUUUUUAUGCAAUUCCGCUACCUCGAGUCUAACAAUAGGCUUACGACUUGGAGAUAAUUAUUAAUGUAAAACCAAGUAUGGAAUUUUAGUUUUACGCGGGAGAGACAUUUUUCGAAGCAGUCUCAAGCAGCAAUAAAUACUUUCGUAUGUAAAUGGUCGGGUUUAACGCGAUUUCUUGAGCACUCGGUAUAUCCGGAGCGCGCUUACGAUCGUGCUCCCUUAUGUAUCAUGUACUGAGUUAGUACUUCCGUAUAAUGAUGCAUUCUCGCGAUCAUGCUUCUCUUAUGCAACGUAUCGAAUAAAUUAUUACGAUCUGCGUCAUAACAAUUUCACCUCCGAGCUUUACUCUCACCGACAGAUUCACAUAUUUAUCGCUAAUACCGCAUUAUUUUCAAUACUGUUAUACACUCGUCCUCGAUUGUGGAUUCAUAUGAAGCGUGUGACGCGUAUAGACCGAAGCAAAUAUAAUAUAUUUUACGAAAAAAUGCUUCUGUAUAUAUAAUGUACGUAUAUAUAGCAUCAUUACGACUUGUGUGUGGAAAAUAUUGUUAUCUAUAGAGAAUAUUUUUUGACUUGUAUCUAAAGAAGCAU